AUAUAGAAUUAAACAAAAAGAAAGAUUUGUAUAUCUGAUAUUUAAUGAUUAAAUGUGUAUAUGUUUUUCAGAGAAAAAAAGGCUGGAGAUGGGGCCAAUGCAAUCCUCACUCCACCCCACCCACCUUUUAUUCUCUCUCACCUUCUCAGGGGCUUUGCUUCUUCUUUACUUCUUGAAUUACAAGUCCAACUAGUUCGCAACAACAUUUGUCCUCAAAAUUCUUGAGCACCCAUUACCUAAAAAAGAGUGUGUCUUCUCUCUGCUGGGCUUUUUUUUGCUGCUUCUCUGGGUUAUGGUAAAUUGGAUAUAAUCUCUUCCAUCAGAUAUGGGAUCUGGAAAUUGGUUCAAGGCAUUAACCAGCUUAAGGAAAGCAAAGUUUGGCAGUUCAAAACGAGUGAAGGGAUCCACCAUAAACUUGAAAAAUCUUUCAGGGAAAGAAUCAAACUUUGCAAAUGGUACAACCAAUAAAAAACUUGGCUCCCUUGACAUGCCAGUUGAAGAUAUAGCUGCAAUUCGAAUUCAGACUGCUUUCCGUGCACAUGUGGCUAGGAAAGCUUUACGUCGUUUGAAAGGGAUUGUAAGAUUGCAAAUGCUGACCCAAGCUUACCCUGUUAUAAAGCAAGCUACAACUACGUUGAGUUAUCUGCAUUUAUGGAGCAGAAUACAGACUGAUAUUAGAACUCGCCGGCUCUGUAUGGUAACCGAAGGAAGGAUCAAACAGAAGAAAUUAGAGAAUCAAAAUAAACUUGAGGCAAAACUUCAUGACAUAGAGGUGGAAUGGAGUGGUGGCUCUGAAACCAUGGAUGAUAUACUUUCAAGGAUAUAUCAGAGGGAAGAAGCAGCAGUUAAGCGUGAGCGGGCUAUGGCAUAUGCCUUUUCUCAUCAGUGGAGGGCCAAUUGCAGUCAGAGCCAAAGCUUGGGAAGUUAUGAACUUGGCAAAGCUAACUGGGGUUGGAGCUGGAAGGAACGCUGGAUUGCAGCUCGACCAUGGGAAAGCCGUGUGCAGUCACCUAGCCCAAAGAAAGUGCAGGCUAAGCAAGCUAGCAAAGUUGGCAAGAACAUAAAUUCACCAACGCCAAAAACUUCGGUCUCAGUUAAACUCCCUUCACCAAAUGGUAAGGGAACUCCAAGAGCUCGGAAAUUGUCUUACACAGCCAAUGAAGAAAAGCCAGUUCCACAUGCAGAGGGCAUUAAGGCAGAAGAGGCAAACAAUCAGAAAUGAACAUUUAAAAUUUGACUUGUUGGUUCGGAGCCAACGGUAUAAAUUCAAUAAGAAUGUCUUCAGCAUUUUAUUAGUUCAAAAUCCAGAGAAAUGAGGGACAAGCCAUUUUUCAGUAUACACGGUCAUUGCUGAUUCUUGUACAAGGAGUGGUGUGGAAGUUAUAAGCUUCGGCGUGCAGUAUAGGAUUUUGGGAACAGGACCUGGAUUCGGGACUUACCAGAGCAUUUUCUUCACGUUAAUGUAUAUGUUGAAAGGGAAAAUAUGUAUUUUAUUUAUAUUAUGUAAAUAGACCAUUUAUCUGUUUGAGGGUGAUUGUAACUGUGCUUUUGUGCACUGUAAUUACUACGGUUGUUCUUUGAAUUACUUUGUGUUGUUCCAUCAUUC